AAAUGUACGAAUCGUUGAUUCGUCUGAAAAAAAAUGCAACUGAACCGUUUACUUUUCUGAACAAUAUUUUGGAUGAGAAACAAUCCAACGUUCAUAACCCCGUAAAAAAAGCAAAACCGACUGAAAUUGACUUGCAGCUGGCAACAUUGACACGACGAGUUCAGCUCAAUAAAUCUUUGCUGGAGCGUACUAACGAGAGGGUUAAAGAAAUCAAUUUUCUGGUUGAGUGUAAUAUGAUGGCUGCAGCGAGAGAAUUGAAUUAUGAUCAAAAAGAACUGGGAAACGUAAAGGUGAACAACGAGGAAGUUACGGACAACGAUACUGCACUCAAUAUCGCUUGUCCUGGAAUAAAAGAAUUGAAACGAACAAUAAGCGUGACCAAGGAGAUGUUGACAUACGUGAAGAAAAUUUGUAAUAAUGAAAUUGAGAUGGAAGACUUGCCCGAGGAAUUGUUGCAACACAUGAGCCCGUAGUGAAAUAAAAUCAAACAGCUUUCUGCAAAGGUCAAUUAAAUCAUAUGUAUUUAUAUUCAACUAGUAACUGGAAAAAAAUGGGGUAUAUCACCACAAAAUAUUGGUGAAAAUAAAUAAUUUUACAGUCCGUUUUCCU